AUGUCGAAACUUCUUCAAUUUCUAUCGAUUUUCCUCCUAAUCCACCUAAUUUUCGCCACAUUCAAUGUAAACGUGGCAUUUGUAUGUCAUGAGACACGAAAUUGGCAUUUUCACAUCGAAUUUUUGAAUGCUACUGGUAGUUUGAUUAGUAGAAGUGCAACUUUUCAACCGAGAAGAUUUCGAUUUUUCGGGCAAAUCGAGGGACCUUAUGAGAAGGUGAUUUGGGAUAGAAUGAUACCAAACAUGCCUAUUUUCAUGGGUUGAAUCCCAAAAACAUCAGAAAAACUCACAAAAAAUCAAAAUUCCAGCCAUCGAUCAUGUCAAUUCAUCACAAUUGCAUCACAAAAUCCGAAUUUCGAGCAGAAGGCAUGAAAUUUGAUCUUCCAUAUUCGCCCGAGCAAAAACAUAUUCCAGAAAUCGAUAACAUUGGGGAAAUCACUGAUGAAUUUACAGCAGCGCCAGAUGAUUGGAUGAGAUUGGGAGAAUCUAGGGAAAAAUGA